GCGACUUUUUGCCACGCCUCGCCACACGCCUCGUCGCCUCGUCCCUUGCCUCGCUUGCCUCGCCAUGAUGGACCUCGAGGGUCAACGCUUCGCCGAGCUCCAGGGCAUCGGGGAGAAACGCGUGCGCGCGGGAUUCAUCCAAAAGGUCUAUGGCAUCGUCUGCACCCAGGUACUGGCCACCGCCGCGGUGGCCGCCCUGUGCUGCGGCCCCCUGCAGCCGGCCGUGAUGGCCCUGGCCAUGAACCAUCCCAGUGCCUAUCGCUGGGGGUCCCUGAUCGCCUUGUUAGUGGCCAUUGGACUGUGCCAUGCAGGAAAGAAGAGCUAUCCACUGAACUUCUUCGGCUUGUGCUUUCUCACAGCUGUCAUGGCGCUGAACGUGGGCGUCAUUUGUGGUAUGGUGGCCGCCGCCGGGCUGGGCGCGUUGGUGGUGCAGGCGGCGCUCAUCACAGGUUCACUGGUGCUGGGUUUGACCAUCUACACCUUCCGUUCUAAGAGGGACUUCUCUUUCUUGGGCGCUGUGCUCUACCCGAUGACCUUCGGCCUGCUGAUCUUUGGAUUGCUCAGCAUCUUCUUCCCCGCCCUGCGCACAGGUUGGCUCCACCUGGGAAUGUCCUUCCUGGGUGCCGGGAUCUUCUGCGCCUACCUGGUCUUCGAUACCUGGCGCAUCGCCACGGUGCUGAAGGUGGACGACUACGUGGAGGGCGCCAUCCAGUUGUACAUGGACAUUGUGAACAUUUUUUUGUACAUCUUGGACAUCCUCCUGACCCUGAGCAAGGACCGACGAUGAUGUAGCGAUCCAUCGUUCCGCGAUGGAGGCCACCAUUUUCCCUACACAUGAACAGAAGGGAAAAGGUGGAAAGUGAUCUGAAACAUGGCCCAUUUUAAAGCAAUGUGUCA